CACUACUGCUACUGCAAUCUUCUUACAACAAUGGUUAUCCUAUAUGCUUCUAGAGUUCUGGAUGAAAACGGAAGUCAAAUCACCACAGAAUUUCAGCCUCCAGUGAAGUGUAGGUGGGUAAAGUGCGGAGAGUGGUUUCCUAACCUCAACAGUCUAGCGGCCCAUGUCAGUGAGAUCCACGCAGUCGCUGGAUGUGAAGGACUCUUCUACUGCCACUGGGAAGGCUGUUCUCGGAGUCACCGAGGGUUCAAUGCGAGGUACAAAAUGUUGGUCCAUGUUCGGACACACACAAACGAAAAACCACAUCAGUGUACAGAAUGCAACAAGAGCUUCAGUCGAGCAGAGAAUUUGAAAAUUCACGCUCGAUCACAUACAGGUGAGAAGCCAUACGUGUGUCCAGUCCCUGGCUGCCACAAAGCAUACUCCAACUCUAGCGAUAGAUUCAAACACACUCGCACUCACUCCAUCGACAAACCCUACACUUGCAAGGUGCCUGGGUGUAACAAACGCUACACAGACCCGAGCUCCUUACGGAAACACGCCAAAACGUACAACCAUUUCAUACUGUCUCAACGUUCACUACCUCAGCACAACCAACAAGAGAACCAAGAGAUUAGAGGGAGGAACGAAGAAAUGCAGACACAAGACAAGACUCUCCAUAUAGACUACAUAACGACGCAAUUCCCGACGGCUUGGCUACAAACAUGGAGUUGGGGAAGAAUGGAGGAACAAGACGCACCUUUGGAUCUGACUGUACACAACUCUUCGUACCACUAGGGUCGAGGCUCAGGGAUGACCAACAAACCACUGUGCCUUACGACACAUGUUUGAUUAUUUCUCAAGAAUUAGAUUAAGAAUUGCUGACUGAUCUGUCUAGUCAAUGUAUUUUAUUUAUUGUUAGAUUUUGUUUGUUUUGUGUGUCUUGAAAGAUCAUGUGUUUGUUCUUUGAAAUGCGGUACUGAAAUUGUAAAUAAUUCAUGUUUGUUAUU